AAGCUGAAGGCGGGUGCCUCCAAAAGUAAAAUGGCUUCUGCUUCUUCUUCCAAGUUGCUUUUUCUGAGAAGGCUUUCGAGAGCUUUGAAGCUUUCUUCUUCUUCUUCUUCUUCUUUAAGCGUUAGGCCAUAUGUUUUUCUUCUAGAAGCGUCUAGACCUUCUGAUCUCGCCAAGAUCAAUCUCAGAUCUUUUCUCUCAGUUGCUUCUAGAAGUUUCUGUUCUCGCACUUUGGAUCUGGAGGACGAUUCUCAAGGCCCGGCCGCCAUUGAUUACAGUUCUUUACUGCAGGAGGAUGAAUUUCACAAAGUUGCUGACUCUACUAUACAAGACCUGCAGGAGAAAUUUGAGGAAUAUGGUGAUUGUGUCCAAAUUGAUGGAUUCGACAUAGACUAUGGGAACCAGGUCCUGACCCUGAAGCUCGGGACUUUAGGGACCUAUGUGUUGAACAAACAAACGCCUAAUAGACAAAUUUGGUUGUCCUCUCCUGUGAGCGGUCCCUCCAGAUUCGAUUGGGAUCAGAGUGCUCAAGCUUGGGUUUAUAGGCGGACCAAGGCAAAUUUAUCCAAACUCCUAGAAACAGAGCUGGAGAAACUAUGUGGUACACCCAUCAGCCUUUCCUAAAUUUGUUACAAAUCCUGUGACACACCUUGGAAAAUUUCUACUGGGAAGUUUUGUUGGUAAAAGAUUUUGUUGCUCCGUAACUGCUUUAUAAUUAUAUUUAAGUCCAUUUUCUGAAUAAAGUAUUACAUUAUAAGUUCCAUUUUCCUGAAUGCAAUGGGCCUAAUUUAUGAGCGUUGAA